AUGCAUAUCUCAUGCCUCAUCGCUUUCCUGGGAGCCACAGGCAUUGCCUUGGGACUUCCUGUCACGAACGGCGAACAAUUAGAAUCGGCUUCUCAAAUGACGGACAGGGGAAGCCUCUAUCCCUACGUGCUCUCUCAAGUGGACGAAGAAGCGCAGCGAAAUGAAUUAUACAAGAAUACCAAUAAAGAAGCCCUUGACAAGCGCUUCUACUACACUCGCUACACUCCGGAUGGAAGUCUCAAUAAACGCUUCUACUACCACUACACUUCUCCUGAGAAACGUGACGCAGACCUUGACAAGCGCUUUUACUACACUCCGUACGGGACCACCGAGAAGCGCGAAAGUAUCGACAACACACACUCAAGCCCCUGGUCCACUUAUUCCGAGCGGAGUAACAAUGUAGCUUAA